CGUGUUAGCUAGGCUGGCUCACAGUAGCCUAGCUAGCUGGCUGCAGUCAGCAGAGUUUACAAUCGAUUCCGACUGGAUACUAGCAAUAUCGAUGGAUACAAAUUGAUUUUCGACAAGAAUGCAUUAAUGUGCAUAUGCUUAAACUGUGUACAUGUGAAUUAUGGUGUGGAGAGUGCAGUGACAACACAGUCCGUAACAUGCGAGAUUAUAAGAACAAUAUAUAUAUAUGUGCGUUUUAAAGUAACAGCUAGCUAGGUAGCGCUCUAUCCAAUUAAUGGUGGCUUCGUUGAUCCAUUUUGUGUGUUUCGUCCUCGUCUGUAUUGGGGGAAAAUGAAGAAGUUCAAUAUUAGAAAAGUGCUGGACGGCUUGACUGCUUCUUCAUUUUCUUCUGCAUCACCACAACCGGGAACUAGUCAAAACGAUGUGAUCCAAGACACUCUACUGUCGGAGCAUUUUCAUCUCUGUAAGACUGUGCGCCAUGGCUUCCCUUACCAGCCCUCCUCCAUGGCCUUUGACCCUGUGCAGAAGAUUCUGGCCAUCGGGACUCAAAGCGGAGCUGUGAGACUUUUUGGCCGUGCGGGUGUGGAGUGUUACUGUCAACAUGAGAGUGGUGCAGCUGUCAUCCAGCUCCAGUUCCUGGUCAAUGAGGGGGCGCUAGUCAGUGCCUUAGCUGAUGACAGCAUUCACCUGUGGAACCUGAGACAGAAGCAGCCAGCUAUCCUGCACACUCUCAAAUUCAACAGGGAGAGGAUCACGUUUUGUCACCUGCCCUUCCAGAGUAAAUGGCUGUACAUCGGAACAGAGAAAGGAAACAUCCACAUCGUCAACAUUGAGUCCUUCACACUCUCAGGCUACGUUAUCAUGUGGAACAAAGCCAUCGAACUUUCCUCCAAGUCACACCCUGGGCCUGUGGUUCACAUCAGUGAUAAUCCUAUGGACGAGGGAAAGAUUUUGAUUGGAUUUGAAUGUGGGACUGUUGUGUUGUGGGACCUGAAAUGCAAAAAAGCUGACUACCGCUACAAUUAUGAUGAGGCUAUCCACUCAGUAGCCUGGCACCAUGAGGGCAAACAGUUCACCUGCAGCCACUCAGAUGGAACUCUGACCACAUGGAACGUACGCGUCCCUGCCAAGCCUACAAUCACCAUCACACCACACGGUAAGGAGCCCAAGGAUGGAAAGAAGCCAGAACCAUGCAAACCUAUCCUCAAAGUGGAGUACAAAACGACAAGAGCUGGGGACGCCUUCAUGGUCAUGUCUGGAGGCCUGUCCUAUGACACAGGGUGCAGGAGAGCCUGUUUGACGGUGAUGCAUGGGAAGAGUACUGCCGUCCUGGAGAUGGACUAUCCCAUCGUAGACUUCCUCACGCUCUGCGAAACACCUUAUCCUAAUGAUUUCCAGGAACCUUAUGCUGUAGUUGUCCUUUUGGAAAAGGAUUUAGUUGUCAUCGACCUUAGACAAAUUGGAUACCCAAUAUUUGAGAACCCGUACCCUCUGUCGAUCCACGAGUCUCCAGUGACGUGCGUAGAGUAUUUUGCCGACUGCCCUCCUGAACUCAUACCUGCACUUUACUCUGUGGGCUCCCGGCAAAAAAGACAGGGUUACAGUAAGAAGGAAUGGCCAAUAAGUGGUGGUAACUGGGGCCAAGGCACACUGAGCUACCCUGAGAUCAUCGUCACUGGACAUGCUGAUGGAUCAAUCAAGUUUUGGGAUGCUUCUGCAAUAAUGCUCCAAGUACUGUACAAGCUGAAGACCGCUAAGGUGUUUGAGAAGGCUCUAAAGGGUGGUAAGGAGGAGAAGCCAAGCACAGAGAUAGUGGAUGAGGAUCCCUUCGCCAUCCAGACCAUGUCGUUGUGCCCAGAGAGCAGGAUGCUGUGUGUGGCUGGAGUCUCUGCCCACGUCAUCAUCUAUAGGUUCAGCAAACAGGAAAUAACCACUGAGGUGGUACAGCUGUUGGAGGUGCGUAUGCAGUGUGAGCUGAAUGAUGUGGAUUCUCCAGACCCUGCAGGAGAGCAUCCUCCCACCCCAUCUACCCCAGUACCCCCCUCCUCCUCCUGCCCAACCCAGGAGGGAGACCUCCCUGAGACCCAGCCCUCCACCACCGAUGACGGGCCCCGGGAUAAUGUACCAUGCCUCAAGGUCCGGAGCACCCCUCUGAAGCAGUCUCCGGGUUACCAGGUGGAGCUGGUCAUUCAGCUGGUCUGGGUUAGUGGGGAGCCGCCUCAGCAGAUCACCAGCCUGGAUGUCAACUCCUCAUACGGACUUGUGGUGUUUGGCAACAGCAACGGUCUGGCUAUAGUGGACUACCUUCAGAAGACCCUCCUCCUGAACAUGGGCACAUCAGAGCUGUACAGUCCCUCAGACCCCUACCAGAGACCGUCUCGGUCGCCUCGCAAGACACGACAGCCAUCUGGGGCUCUCGGUGAUAACAACCAUGGAAACAACGCUUUAGAGGAGAAAAGCAACAAAUCACCAACGUCAGUAGGCUCUACGUCACCCACCAAUUCAGACGAUGAACACAAACAGCAAAGGUUCAUAGAGAAGGUGAAGUCCAAAAGCAGGCGGUUUUCCAAGACGGUUGCCAAUGACUUUGCCAAGAUGUCAAGGAAAAUUAGCUCGCCUACGGAUCAAAAGACAGACCUGGAUGCCAAGGACAGGUUGUUCAGCCGCUCGAGGAGCUCCAGUGUGACCAGUAUAGAGCGGGAGUCCCGCGAGGCCAUCUCCUCCUUCCACUUCAGUGAGAGUUUCCCCAGGAAGACAGACAGCAGUGGUAGCCCCAGUCUGUGGGUGGGUACUACCCAGGGCACUGUUCUGGCCCUGGCUCUAAUCCUGCCACCCACAGGGGACCAGAGGCUUCAGCAACCUGUCAGAGUAUCAUCUUGUGGUACUCUGGUCAGACUAAAAGGAGCUAUCCUGACCAUGGCUUUCCUGGACUCCCUUGGGGCGGUCCUCCCCCCUUCCUACGAGCCGUGGUCGGAGCCCAACCCUCCGGACGAGGAGAAGGAGAAGGUGAGGAGGCGCCGGCCGUCCUCCCCACCCCCCACCCAGGAGGGUCAGGACAGCCAGUAUGCUGUGGUGUGCUCAGAGAAACAGGCCAAGGUGGUGGGCCUUCCCUCCCAGUCCUGCUUCUUCAAACACAACAUCACAGAGAGCUCCUUCGUGCUGAGAGCUGACGUGGUGCAGAUGGCUGCUGGACUCUGCCUCGCCUGCUUCUGUGCUAAUGGACACAUCAUGACUCUGAGUCUACCCAGUCUCAGACCACUCCUGGAUGUGAACUACCUUCCCCUGACCGACAUGAGGAUAGCCCGGACCUUGUGCUUCUCCAACCUGGGCCAGGCCAUGUACCUCACCUCCCCCACCGAGAUACAGAGGAUCACAUACAGCCAGGAGACCUGCGACAAUCUACAGGAAAUGAUGGGAGAGUUGUUUACACCGAUAGAGACGCCUGAGGCUCCUAACAGAGGUUUCCUCAAGGGCCUGUUUGGGGGAGGAGCUCAGUCCCUGGAUAGAGAAGACCUGUUUGGUGAGACGGCGGCGGGUAAGGCAUCUCGUAGCCUGGCGCAGCACAUCCCUGGGCCCCAGGGCAUGGAGGGCAUGAAGGGGGCAGCCUCGGGAGUGGUGGGGGACCUGGCCCGUGCCCGGAUAGCCCUGGACGAGAGGGGGCAGAAACUGGGCGAGCUGGAGGACAGAACCGCAGCCAUGAUGGCCAGCGCUGACUCCUUCUCUAAACACGCUCAUGAUAUGAUGCUGAAGUACAAAGAUAAGAAGUGGUACCAGCUCUGAUGGCAGCGAGAGGAGACAGUGGGACUCAGUUGUCUUCUUGCACCACUUCAUCAUCUACAGGAGAUGCAGCUCCUUCUCCUCCUCCUCUUCUUCGAACAGACUGAUGCUUUCUUCCUAGCAGCACAAUAAAACACUCUGCAUUACCUCAGUCACCUGGUUAUCAAUGAGGAGGAGUAGACUAACAGACAGAUAAACAGACAGACAGGAAAGUUAUUCUGGAUGUUUCUUUCUAGGUCAUCUGAAAGAGAUUGUUAAUUUCCUUAACACACAAGAUGAGAGGAGACUCAAUGUAUCGGGGCUGCUCCUAUGUUUUAUCGGUCAUGUUCUCAUCUGUUCAGCUGUUUUGUUGUCCAAGAGGUAAGACAAUUCUACACAAAAUGAGUACUGUUAGGUUACAUGUGAUUACCUGUGCAGUGUCCAGGUGAGGCGUUGUCUGCUCUUCAGUGUCAACCAAUCACAAUGGACCUCCAAGGGGAGUCUCCUGUGUGUGGAGGAAGCUCCAUGGAAACCACAGUCAGUGGAGCCAGCUCUGCUCCUGAAGUCCCAAUAUCUAUAGCGAUGGUUAUGAUAGGAUGAAUCAGCAAUUGAUUCACCCCCUCUGUGUUUCGUCUCAAGUCUUUGUUUUUUCUCUUCUGAUUUACGUUUUUCUUUCAUGUGAGGCUUUGUUUGUCAUCUUUAUUUGAGACAGUUUUUGUUUUUCAGGAGUCCAUCCAAGCACUUAAUUAACCAUGAGUUUAUUAACAAGUUAUAUUGAUGGUGUGAUAGGUUCUUAUCUCUUCUCCUACUUACAGUAGGCCUGGUUAUACGUUAUCACGGUUAGUUUGCCUAUCAGAUUUGUUUUGAAGCAAGAAGUCAAAUACUGCACAGUUCAUGUUUGUUAACUGAAAGGUCUUUAAAAAAAAAAAGUGUAAUUUAUCAUGGGGAGUAAGUUAUCAGCUGUUGUGUGUUCUCAGUGCAAACAUUACAGGCUCUUACUGAACCCACUAGACAAAAUGAGAUCUACAUUGAUAUGAUCAAAACUUGAAGGAUUAGUAUGUUGAACACACUUUGCAGCUUAUGCUGUAUAUAGUUCUAUCUUACUAAUAGAGGUAUGGCCAUAGAAUGAAGUCAGUGCCAGUGUUGUUUUUUUUGUUCUGGGCUCUGAUUGGCUGAGACAUGGAGUUGAGGUUAAUGUUCUGGGCUCUGAUUGGCUGAGACAGAGUUGAGGUUACUGUUCUGGGCUCUGAUUGGUUGAGAGAUAGUUGAGGGUAAUGUACAACGGAUUCUGGAGAAGUUGCCCCUAGAUGCUGAUCUUGGGUCAGUUUAGCAUUUUCCUCACUAAUGGUUAGGAUUGGGGGAGGGGCUUCUAGCUGAACCUAGAUCUGUACCUAGGGGAAACCUAAAGGCCUUCAACUCUUCCUCAACAUACUAAACAAUGUGGUAAUAUUGCAUUACUGUAUACAGGUUGGGUUACUCUCUGAGUCUUCUCACAAUCCUUUGAGAUACUGAUCCUAAUCUAACAAUUUGUUUCAUACCACUUGAAUAUAAUUUUCUCUCAUUGUUUAUUCAUUUUAAAUAGUUUUUAAUGUUUAGGAAAGAAAGCAUGUCUGAUCCAUCACAAGGAUACAGAUAUAGGUUAGCUGUCUUUGUAUUCGUAGCGUCAGUAGAAGAAGUGACCAAGUGCCACUUAAUGUGCAGUAAAACAUUCAUUGGUCAUUAUUCUCUGAAUCAACCACUAUCUUACAGACAACUCUCUUCUGCCUUUGCUUGUCAUGACACGGAUAUGCUAACCUCUACCUAUGUGUGUGUAUAUCUGUGUGUUUGUGAACGUACAUAUAUUCAGAUGUGUAUGGGCACAUAUUUAUACUUACAGUAUAUUUCAAAGUUUUGAUGCAUAUUUUUUUCCUUAAUGGUGUUUUUCAGCGUGACUAUUCGAUUUAGAAAUUAUUUUGCAACGUGCAUGGAGAUGCUGCCAUUUGAGUUGAGGUAGAAGCAUUUCUUUUAGUUUUUUAUUUUCCAAAUGAUUUUCCAAAUAAGAGACUACAGAUUGUUUUCACCCCAGGUUUCUGCCAAAAGCUGUAAAUAAAUAAGUAGUGCGACAAGACAACUGGAGACAAAUCUGAUAGUGUUGGUUUGAGCAAAAUGACAGGAUGUGUCCCAAAUGGCACCCUAUUCAAAAGUAGUGCACUACAUAGAGAAAAUGGUGCCAUUUGGGACACCAGAGACAGACAGGUCAGCAGCCAUGUUAUUUUCUGACACCAAAGAGUUGCUUAAUUAUAUACUGUUGUCUUGAUUUCCAAACUCCAACAGUCUGUCUGGAUGAAAUAACCCUAUAGGCCAUACUGUUUGGGAAAAUGGUGGAAUAGCUUCUCCAUGAUUGUCACUCCCUAACCUUGUAACUUGCCAUAUGUACCUGUGUGCAGAAGACCCAGGAAAAGUAGAUUUUCAGUUGACCGGAUGUGUUAUUACUCGUACUACUGAGCUACAUAUAUUGUAAAGAGCUGUUGUGUGGUUUUGCACUGUUUCAUACCUUGAACCACUUUUGUCAGUUUGUUUGUUGUUUAUAUUUGUCCUUUUUCUUGUUUUUCUCUGAGGGACCAAAACAUUAUGUGUCAUUUCCCAGUAAUAUACUGACUGGCUUCACUUUCGGAUUAGUUUUUGAUGCCAGUUAAUGAUGUUCUAAUAGAUUUAUAUCUUUGAAAAAAUAUAUUUUAAUUUCAAUAUUCCAUAUUAAUACUUUUAAUAUAAUUUAAGAAGAAUAGAAUGGUGCAUUUUAAGAUGACACAUUUUUCUCCAAAACAAUGGUUGUACAUUUUGCCCAAUAUUCAAACAUGUAAAUAAACAUUUCUGGUGAUAUUAAAUGUGUGCAUCUCAGAAUCCGCUAUAUCCCGUUUUUGGAAGAUUGUCUGUUGAGGGUGAUUUCUCUGGAUGGGCUCCCAGUAUAUUUAAAGCCACUAGAAGCAAUUCAGUCAGGUCGCAACAUAUUUGAUGUCCUUAAUGUUCUUGCACAGGAGGAUGCAUGAUCUUUAAUGUUUACAGACUUGAAAGAACCAUGUAUUCGAUAAGGUCUAUUACAACCUAUCUUGAUUGACCACAAAUUUUCUCGUAAUCAGACACUUUCAUCAGUUGAGCUGAUUGUGGUAAAUGUUUGUUUUUCCUCUGGAGUGUGAAAUACUAUUUAUUUGCUCCUUGCUAUCCGUGAUCCUUGGGACGUCCCUACCCCAUUGAAGUUGACAUUUUAAAAUGGUUAGUUAGGGUUUAGGGUAGGGACGUCCCAAUGAUCCCAGAUAGCAAUAACCAUAUUUAUUUGAUGAGAGCCAUGAUUUUGUUUUCCUGUGUUCCCCAUACUCCUUUUGCUUACCUAACAGAUCUAUUGCAACUGAAACUAUACUGUACACAAACUGCAACCAGGAGAGGCCAAAAGGUUUCUCAACCAACCAACCGCUAUACUCAUCAUCAGUCAUCUGGGAUAAAAUAUAUGUAGUUGCAGUAUUUUCUCAUGUAGGCAAUUUAUUGUACAGUUUUAUAAAGCUGCAAUUUCACAUGAA